UCUCUCUUGGGUCGGACUCUCUCCUCCCAGCUCCCUAGCUCUCCGGCUGGCUCCCAGGCUCCCGGGCUGCCGGGCUCCUAGGCUGUCAGCGCCCGGCAGCGCCGGAGCCCUUUCUCUCCGCCUUGCCAAGGCGGGUGGGUGGCAGGCCGCAGGAGGCGGUGUCGUGGAAUCCGCUGGCAGUCCGCAGCCCCGCAGAGCCUGGAGGCCGCCCUGAUGGAGCCGCAGCUCCCCGUCGGAGCUCAGCCCCUGGCAAAGGUGGAGGGUUUGGAGAUGAAGGGUCCCCUCCGGGAGCCCUGCGCCCUGACCCUAGCCCAGAGGAACGGGCAAUAUGAGUUAAUAAUCCAGUUGCAUGGGAAGGAACAGCAUGUUCAAGAUAUCAUUCCUAUAAAUAGCCACUUCAGAUGUGUUCAAGAAGCAGAGGAAACUCUUUUGAUUGAUAUUGCUUCGAACAGUGGCUGCAAAAUUCGGAUACAGGGAGACUGGACUAGAGAGCGCCACUUUGAGAUUCCUGAUGAAGAACACUGUUUGAAGUUCCUCUCAGAGGUCCUUGCAGCUCAGGAAGCUCAGUCACAGCUUCUUGUUCCAGAACAAAAAGACUCAUCUAGCUGGUACCAGAAAUUAGACACUAAGGACAAACCUGCUUUUUCAGGGCUGCUUGGAUUUGAGGAUAACUUUUCAUCUAUGAAUUUAGAUAAAAAAAUGAACGCGCAAAAUCACCCCACAGGGAUUCAUCGGGAACCGCCCCCUCCACCUCCUUCAGUGAAUAGAAUGCUUCCACGGGAAAAGGAAGCUUCAAACAAAGAACUGCCCAAAGUGACCAACACCAUGAGGAAGCUAUUUGUACCAAACACUCAAUCUGGGCAGCGAGAGGGUCUCAUCAAACAUAUCCUUGCAAAACGAGAGAAGGAAUAUGUCAAUAUCCAGUCUUUCAGAUUUUUUGUUGGAACUUGGAAUGUGAAUGGCCAGUCUCCUGAUAGCAGCUUAGAACCUUGGCUGAACUGUGAUCCAAAUCCUCCUGAUGUUUACUGCAUUGGAUUCCAAGAGCUGGACUUGAGCACAGAAGCCUUUUUCUACUUUGAGUCAGUGAAAGAACAAGAAUGGUCCCUGGCCGUGGAAAGGGGUCUGCCUUCUAAGGCCAAGUAUAAAAAAGUUCAACUGGUCCGCCUUGUGGGGAUGAUGCUUCUUAUAUUUGCUAGAAAAGAUCAGUGUCGAUAUAUCCGUGAUAUUGUUACAGAAACAGUUGGAACUGGAAUCAUGGGGAAAAUGGGAAACAAAGGUGGAGUAGCUGUGAGAUUUGUUUUUCAUAACACCACUUUCUGCAUUGUCAACUCCCACCUGGCUGCCCAUGUGGAAGAGUUUGAAAGAAGGAAUCAGGAUUAUAAAGACAUCUGUGCAAGAAUGAGUUUUUCGGUCCCCAAUCAGACUCUCCCACAGUUGAAUAUCAUGAAGCAUGAUGUUGUCAUAUGGUUGGGAGACUUGAACUACAGACUUUGCAUGCCUGAUGCCAAUGAGGUGAAAAAUCUUAUUAAUAAAAAUGACCUUCAGAAGCUCUUGAAAUUCGACCAGUUAAACAUUCAGCGCACACAGAAAAAAGCUUUUGUGGAUUUCAAUGAAGGGGAAAUCAAGUUUAUCCCUACCUACAAGUAUGAUUCUAAAACUGACAGAUGGGAUUCCAGUGGGAAAUGCCGAGUUCCAGCCUGGUGUGACCGAAUUCUUUGGAGAGGAAUAAAUGUUAAUCAACUUCAUUACCGGAGUCACAUGGAACUCAAAACUAGUGACCACAAACCUGUUAGCGCUCUGUUCCAUAUUGGGGUAAAGGUUGUGGAUGAACGGAGGUAUCGUAAGGUCUUUGAAGAUAUCGUACGCAUUAUGGACAGAAUGGAAAAUGACUUCCUUCCUUCAUUAGAACUUAGCAGGAGAGAGUUUAUGUUUGAGAAUGUGAAGUUUCGGCAGCUGCAAAAGGAGAAGUUCCAGAUCAGCAACAAUGGACAGGUUCCCUGCCAUUUUUCCUUCAUCCCUAAACUUAAUGACAGCCAAUACUGCAAGCCAUGGCUUCGAGCUGAACCUUUUGAGGGCUACUUGGAGCCAAAUGAGACAGUGGACAUUUCCCUUGAUGUGUAUGUCAGCAAAGACUCUGUAACCAUCCUAAACUCGGGUGAAGAUAAGAUUGAAGAUAUUCUUGUCCUUCAUUUGGAUCGCGGGAAAGAUUACUUCUUGACCAUCAGUGGGAAUUACCUUCCGAGUUGCUUUGGUACCUCGUUAGAGGCUUUGUGUCGAAUGAAAAGACCUAUCCGAGAAGUUCCUGUCACCAAACUCAUAGACUUGGAAGAAGACAGCUUCCUAGAAAAGGAGAAAUCCCUUCUGCAGAUGGUCCCAUUGGAUGAAGAUGCCAGUGAGAGACCCCUUCAAGUCCCCAAGGAGAUCUGGCUUCUAGUAGAUCACUUAUUCAAAUAUGCAUGUCACCAGGAGGACUUGUUCCAAACCCCUGGGAUGCAGGAGGAGUUACAGCAGAUCAUUGAUUGUCUGGAUACCAGCAUUCCUGAAACAAUCCCUGGCAGUAACCACUCUGUGGCUGAAGCACUGCUCAUUUUCCUGGAAGCCCUGCCAGAGCCAGUCAUCUGUUAUGAGCUGUAUCAGCGAUGUCUUGACUCUGCUCAUGAUCCUCGCAUCUGCAGACAGGUAAUUUCCCAGCUUCCAAGAUGCCAUAGAAAUGUUUUCCGCUACUUGAUGGCAUUCCUUCGUGAACUCUUAAAAUUCUCAGACUACAACAAUGUCAGUGCCAACAUGAUCGCUACUCUCUUCACCAGCCUUCUCCUGAGGCCUCCACCAAACCUCAUGGCAAGACAGACUCCAAGUGACCGCCAGCGUGCCAUCCAGUUCCUUCUGGGCUUCCUGCUCGGGAGCGAGGAAGAAUAAGUGGUUUCCUAUCUGAGAUUCUAGAGGAGGAAGAUCUUGGGCUCUGAAUAUUUCAGACUGAGCUGAGGAGUCGUGUCACAGAAAGAGUCUAUUGCA